AUGCGAAGAGACAGGGAUACUCUGCGUCCCACUGACGCCGACCAAAGUUCAAGGGCGUAAGUGCUUCCAUGUCUUGACGAACCGUGUUGGGUCACGUCUUAGGAUCAUUCGAUGUCUCCAGGUGGAUAACGCCACCAAAUCAAAGCCUCCCCAGUCGUCUUUCUUGGAUGACGACCGCCACACCUCUACAAUUCCUGGCUCCACCAUGGAUCGAUUUCCUCAAGUGGAAACCAUCAUCAGCCUGGACCUCCAGCCAUCCCUUCCAGAAACCAUUCACGGCGGGCAACAGCGCUCCAGCGGGAAAGCAUCAGAGUCUGAUGCGAUUCCAGCUGACAUCUACAGAUACGAUGGCCACCAACUAGUGAACACCAUUCCGGAAGAUGUAACGACAUGGGCAGAUCCCCCUGGACUUCAAAAACGCAACCAUCGUCCGUUUCUUAAGGCGCAAAUGGAACCGGAAACCCUGUGGUAACCACAGAUUAUAUCCUCGGCAGGGGGUACGGGCUAUCGCCUUCGAGAUGAAAUCGGCGUACUAUGUUUUGAAGGAUGGUUCCUAGGCAACUUCAGUCGGAAAGGAAAUCCAUCGGCUGGCAGGGAGUAGCCGCUAAAUGCGUACAAGCUGCAAACAGGCAGCCAGUAGAAUGCAAAUACUUAGUGAUCUAUCAUAAGUGCAGUAGGGGUGCUAGGUAAAUGUUAGAGCGCUUGUGUUUCUCCGAUCAGUAUCAUUGGUAUGAAACAGACUACCGGCAACAGUUACUGCAGAUAGAAAGUAAUUCUGGAGAUCCUCGUUUACGCCUGCUGGUGAAUCAUGGCAUACACUGGGAAGGGACAGAGAUUAUUGAUGUGACAAGAGCUGUAAUACCCUGACUUGACAAAUUUGUAGUUUAACCCGCUGUUUAAGACAGGAGCAUAUGGAAGUGGUGGACGCAUAUGGUAUGUAGUGGUUGUGGAACCUCGAUACUACACAGCCGCAUACUUAUGGGGCGUCAAAUUCAACGAAGUCCACGAUGAAAGGAUCAGAUUUAAUCCGGCGAAGCAGCGCUUCAACCUGCUUUGAAGGCUCAUCGAUAGGGACACACAUCAUAUCCUGCACCGACGUGAAAAACACCAACUUGUGCCAUGUAAGUUCUUAGUUGGACCUUUGGUGAUUCACGAGCCUAGAGUACUCCAGUGCCUAUAGUCAUUGUCUCUGGUAUAACGCACGAUCGUCAGGGCCACUCAACUUACUACAAGUUUACCUAAAGACGCCCUGGCACGCCCCUGCCACGUACAGUCAGCCUUCCUAGUUAAUCAACACCAUGGCUGACGUGGAAAUUCGCUGACUCGCUUAAAGUCGGAACACAUGCUCACGUUCACCGCGCUGCCUAACCCUACAACUCUUCAGGCCUUCUGUGCGAAAUAAAAACCCACCUUCUGGCGCCUUUAUUAUUCUCCUCGUAAUCGAGACCUUGCCAAUGAGUCAUAGAUUUUCGGGUCUGCUCGUGACUUUACCUGCUGGGACAAACUCACGGUGAUUCAUGACCAACUUGCGAAAUGUGAUCAUUGCCCAGUAUAUUUGAUUGCCUCUACCGGCAACCAGUCAUAGUCGACAGAACACAGCAAUAGAAGUAAGCAUUUUCCCCUCCAUGUCUCUCCCUCUUUUUCGUUUUUUUCAAUUUAGUCCUAUAUCCCAAGCCCAUACUCAUCCACUUUGCGUUGGGAUCUCGUAAGGCAUUUGAAGGAGGAGGAGGAGGAGGAGGAGGAGGAGGAGGAGGAGCAGAGACUUGGACCGUGUACAAGAAGCAGGCGCGGAGACUCAGUCACUUCUACCUCAGCUGUCUUCGACGGAUACCGAAGCUGA